AGUUAUUGCCGGCGUGGGGGAGUUGUCAAAUUCUGUGAAUAGCGAGAACCGGGUUUUGGAAGAUUUGUAAAAAUAAUUGUAUGAAAAUGGUUGAAAACAACGAUAUUGAAUUGUCUGAGGCAGAGGCGGAACAAUACGACCGUCAAAUCCGUCUGUGGGGACUGGAAUCUCAGAAAAGGUUACGUGCAUCGAAAGUUUUAAUCAUCGGGAUAGCGGGACUCGGCGCUGAAAUUGCAAAGAAUGUUAUUUUGUCCGGUGUAAAGAGUGUAUGUUUGUUAGACAAUGAGAAGCUAAAGGAAAUAGAUCUGUACUCGCAGUUUUUGGCUCCGCCUGAUAAAAUCGGAGAGAACAGGGCGGAAGCUUCGCUAACCAGGGCGAGGGCUUUGAACCCAAUGGUAGAGAUUACAGCGGAGACGAAGUCUGUUGAUAACCUGCCCGAUAGUUAUUUCGCCGAGUACGAUAUUGUUUGUGCAACAGGCUUGAAGCAAGAACAACUUGAGCGUAUCAACAACGCUUGCCGCGACAGAAACAAGAAAUUCCUGUGUGGCGAUGUCUGGGGCAUGUACGGAUAUAUGUUUGCUGACCUCGUCGACCACGAAUACUCCGAGGAAAUCGUUCAACACAAAGCCGUCAAACGAGGGUCAGAUGAAGCAGAGAAGAAUGCUCGCGAAACUGUCAGUAUAACUGUAAAGCGCAGAGCUAUUUAUGUUCCACUUCAGAAUGCUCUAUCUGUAGACUGGAUGAAGCCUGAGAUGCGUUCUAGGCUACGGCGCGGUGAUCCAUCGUACUUCGUUAUGAAGAUCUUACUGCGCUUCAAAGAUGAAUACAAUAGAAACCCAGACCCGGCUAAGAGGAAAGAGGAUACCAAAACUCUGUUGCGUAUGAGGGAUGAGCUUGUGAAGGAAUUGUCAUUGCCGGCUGGGUUUAUUGUAGAUGCAUUACUUCUCGAUGUAUUUGGCACAGUGUCUGGUGCUGCUGCUGUGAUUGGAGGAGUCAUCGGCCAGGAGGUAGUAAAGGCUGUAAGCCAGAGAGAACCUCCUCACAACAAUAUGUUUUUCUUCAACCCAGUUAAGUGCGUUGGUUUCGUUGAACUGUACGGCCAGUGAGAUUCAUUAUUCAGUGUAGAUUGUAAGCAAUUUCGAUUUAAGUUUAAUAAAUUAUUAAGUACAUUUCA